CAUCAUCAAGUAUUUUCUAAAUCCACAUAGCCCUAGGGUUUGCUAGCCUGGUUUAAUAAAAGUCUGAUCUUGACAUCAAGAUCCGACUCCAACCCGACUAGCUAAUCCAACUAUUUAUUUAUCAGCUCUUUUAAAUAUUACUACUUACUCGUUAAUUAAUUAAAGAUGAAGGUGGUUAAAUUUAAUUUGCUUUUGUUCGUAGCUUUUGUUUCUUGGAUAUUUGUCAUGGCGGCUGAAUCGACACAUUCAAAUCCGAUUACGAAGGGCAAUAGGCGAGGGCUGAGGAAGAAACACAAUGGGCCAUGCGAGGCUCAUAACUCUAUUGACAAGUGUUGGCGAUGUGAUCCCAAUUGGGCACAUAACCGGGAAAAGCUCGCCGACUGUGUUCAAGGGUUCGGUCAUAACGCCACCGGCGGAAAAGGUGGCGAAGUUUACGUAGUCAAUGACUCAUCGGACACCGACUUGGUUAACCCUAAGGUAGGCACUCUCCGUCAUGCCGUCCUCCAGCCUCAACCACUCUGGAUAAUCUUCAGGAGCACCAUGACCAUCAGGCUUUGCCAAGAGCUCAUUUUCUCCAGCAACAAGACCAUCGACGGCCGUGGUUCUCACGUCCACAUCGCCGGAGGUGCCGGGUUCAUGUUACAAUUCGUGAAAAACAUCAUCAUUUUCGACAUCCAUAUGUAUGAUAUUACACCAGGUGAAGGUGGUAUCAUCAGAUCAAACUCUACUCAUUUUGGACGUAGAGGAGCAAGCGACGGCGACGCCAUUACCAUAUUUGGAUCUUCCGACAUAUGGGUCGAUCAUUGCUCCUUCGCCGGAACAUUCGAUGGUCUUAUUGACGUGGUUGCUCGUUCCACCGAUAUCACCAUCUCAAAUUGUCAUUUUGUGAGACACGAUAAGGCUUUGCUAUUUGGUGCAAGCGAUACUAACCCAGAUGAGAAUAUGAGAGUGACAAUCGCUUUCAACCACUUCGGAAAAGGACUUACACAGAGAUUACCGGCGGUGAGGUGGGGAUUUGUUCAGGUCGUCAACAACGACUACACACAUUGGAAGAGCUACGCGAUCGGAGGUGCAAAAGGGGCGACGAUAAUCAGCCAGGGCAACCGGUAUGUGGCGGAAGACGGUGCAGCUAAGGAGGUGACGUACAGAAAGAAAGCUCCGAAGUCAGAAUGGGAAAAGUGGACAUGGAGAUCGGAGGGGGAUCUGAUGGUUAAUGGAGCAUUCUUCGUGAAUUCAGGAAACCCUAAUUGGGCUGCUCAAUACAAGGGAUACCCGUUAAUGAAACCGGAGCCGGCUGAGAGAGUCCCCGAACUCACUAAAUUUGCAGGUGCUGCCAUUGGAUGCAAAGUAGGAUUACCAUGCUAAUUAAGCUUCCGGCAGCUGCCAUGACAGCCAGAAGAGUUUAGAGUGUAUAUAUGAAUGUUUGUUUCCAUUUGGUAUAUAUUAGGAUCUAAUUAAAAACAGGAUUCAAAUCAUAUAAGUUUUGUACCUUUUUGUGAAUAAAUUUAUUCAUUCG